CGCCAAUGGGCUUCAGUUGUAGAAAUGGCAGCGCUGAGACAGGAGCGUCGGUAUGGGCUCUCCUGUGGCAAAAUUAACAAAAACACCCCGAACCAGACGCUUUAUCACGUUAAACUGACUGACACUGCUAUCCGAACCGUCGAAGCAUACCAGAACAUCAAGGCAUCAUUAACAAAUCAGCCGGUGAUUUGCUUCAAGGGGAGCCAGGGGUUCAUAAAGAUCCCAGCGCCGAGCCCCGAGUCUCCAGAGGGAUUCAGGGUCUUCUCGUUUUACCUAUCGAGUGACAGCAAAGACAAGCCUCAGUCCAGCUUUGACUGCAUUCACCAGUACGUCUCAGGGGAAGGCAGGGAUCACCUGGAGAGCCAGGGCAGCAUUCAAGACAAAAUCACAGUUUGUGCCACAGACGACUCGUACCAAACGACCCGGGAGCGCAUGUCUCAGGUGGAAAAGGACAUCUGGAGCCGAACAGCAAUCGAAAUCAAACCAGGGCCAAGUAAGUGUGUGAAAGUCCAGAGAAAACCAGCUCUGGUAUCGGGCUCCGACGGCAUUAACAAGCACUCCCCCAGCAACAAGAGAAGCCUGAUUUCAGGCCCUGUGGUACACCGACCUCUACGGGACCGCAUCAUUCACCUCCUGGCCUUGAAGCCCUACAGGAAGCCCGAGGUGCUCCUGUGGCUGGAGCGGGAGCGGGCCAGUCCAAAAGACAAGGUUGAUCUGGCCUCAGUCCUAGACGAGGUUGGUAAACUGAAUCCUAAAGACCACAGCUAUUCUCUGAAGGAUGAGCUGUACAGACAAGUCCAGAGAGACUGGCCUGGAUAUCUAGAAGAGGAGAAGCAGCUCAUAAACAGGCUUCUGAUCAGGAAACUUCAGCCACCCCACAGUAGCCAGUUAAGGAGCCCCCAGUCCAACCAGUCGUUCCACAAGACUCUCUCUGGGGACUCGCCAUCACGACUCAGCCCUGCCAAGAAUCUCUCUGUGAAACGCCCACUCGCCUUGGACCCAUCCAACAUUCAAACCCCCAAAAAGCAAAGGCGGUCAGAAGACUGUCUGCCCCUGCAGUCACCCUCUCACAUCGACUGUGGCGCCAACGGGGCCCGUAGUUCCUUCAGCCAUGAAAACUCUUGUGCACAAAUCAAAACCGAGUUCAACAAAAGCAACAAUCACCUUCAAGGCAGCCCCAAUGGCCUGGACUCACCACACAAACUCAACUCAUCAUCGCGUUUUUCCCAACUAGAGCGGACAGAAGCAGCUCCCACUUCGCCUAGCACUAAGCCCCCACACAGCGACGCCUCCGCGUGCACUGAACAGCAUCUUGCCAACGGUCAUCUUAAAAAGAAAAGGUCCAAAAAACACAAAGACAAGGAACGAGAGUGCUUAAAACCCAACUGGAUAGAGACGAGUCCAGACCUGAAGCACAACCAAGAAAACUUCAAAGCUGCAGAGCGCGAUGGACAGAAAACACCAGCAGAGGAACUUCCCGACUAUUUAAUAAAAUACACGGCCAUAACGUUGCUGGGGCAGCGUCAGCAGUAUAACGACGACUUUUGUGCCGAGUACGAUGAAUACAGAGCUCUCCACGACCGGAUCGGAGCGAUCACAGAAAUGUUUGUACAGUUGGGCUCAAAGAUCAACACGCUCUCUCCGGGAACACAGGAGUACAAGCUUAUGGAGGAGCAAAUACUACAGAAGUACAGAAAGUACAAGAAAAAGUUUCCUGGGUAUCAGGAAGAGAAGAAGCGGUGCGAGUAUCUCCAUAAGAAACUGUCGCAUAUCAAAGGCCUGAUCGCGGAUUACGACCGAUCACAGGGACUGUCAUAGUAACCGCCCUCCACCCUCAGCAGGGUGCAACACAACUGGACCAAAAGACUCAAAGCAGACCCAAAUACUGCUCAGCUGGGUCCACAGGUUGCUGAGACACUAUUCACUUUACUCCUCAGAGUGUUACUGGAAUGGAGGAGCGAGGAUCUUCUCUGUUUUUGUUUGUUUUCCUCGUUUUGAAGUGGGCUAAGACCACCUACUCGUGAUCAAAUGUUACCCUUUAAAUCUGGACUCUGUUCUGCUGUAGAGUACUCGGAUUACUCCGACAUGUGUAAUCCAUCCUGCCAAACGGCAUCAUUUUCAACUAGUUUAAACUUAAAAGUGUCUUUUUGAGUAUUUAAUUAAUGGUACAAUCAAUCUUAGAGGAAUGCAAAAGCUACUAAAGUCUUUAUAUUUAAAUACAAAAUAGUUUGUGCACUUGCUUCCUGCAGGUAGAAAAUUAAAUACAUUUAGAUGCAUCAAAUACUAAUUUGUUAUGAUAAGAAUAUCACGUAUCGAGAUCGUGUUUAUCAGCGUAUUAUAAGGCUAUUUAAAUGAGAUUUAAUCUAACAAGAGGUGAUUUAAUUCUGUAUUUCUGCAGACUUGGUGGGAUACAAACUGCUACAGAAUCUGUGGUUUGAACACGUGGCUUUGAGCUUUAAUCAGAUUUUCAUGUAGCUGUUGGUCCUUUUUUUAUUUCUCAGAAAUCUUUAAACACCGUAAUGCUCAUUUUAGGACAUCUGAUCAGUUUCACUGAAACGUAGCCUACAGAACUAAUAACUGCCUUGCUUAUUGUGAAAAGAAUAACUCUGAUCAGCUUGUCCACUGAGAGUUAAGAUUGCAGGUUUUACUCUUGGAGAAAUCGUCCUGUUUACACUUUAGAUGCUUUAGAGCAGGGGUGUCAAACUCAUUUUAGCUCAGGGGCCACAUUGAGGGAAAUCUAGUCCCAAGUGGGCCGGACCGGUAAAUUAAAAACAACUUCAGAUUGUUUUCUUUGUUUUAAUACAAUCAAUAUAAAACAAGGCUGGAGCCUGAGGGCAGUGUAUCCAAAAUAGUACAAGUAGAACACCUGAAGUGUACUUGAAAAUUUGAAAAUAAUAAAAAAAUCAAUCAAUAAAUUAAAAAAAAAUUCCUUAGUGAUUCAGAGCUUACAGAUCGCAUGGCUAGAUCAGUUUCAUGCAGCACUUAAAGUAUAUUUGACUCAUUUUACUUAAUAUCUUUUAGCUUUCACCAGCACAUCAAUAACAGAAGUCACAUCCUGAGUGGCGGCCAACUUCAGGAUGUUAUUCAAGUUCUUGUGUGAGCCUUGAGCGCAGCUUUGUUUUAUUUAUACUCAUUACAGAGAAAACUUGCUCACAAAGAUAAGUUUAUUUUCACUCUACAUUGUAAAGUAUGAAAAUAAAGUUUACACAACCAUCUCGCGGGCCGGAAUUAACCCGUUUGCGGGCUGGAUGCGGCCCGCGGGCCGCAUAUUUGGCACCCCUGCUUUAGAGCUCACAGGGUAUUUAGCUUGGUAAUGGGCCGAGUCGUCGUGUAUUUUAUUCCACUGGUUUAACUGGAGUUAAAUGUUUAUCGUCAACAUGUUAUUCAGAUGAAUGUGACAGAACAUCUCAGACUUACACCUGGAGUUGCUCUCGUCUAUUAGCCCAGGCCCUCCUUUAGAUUUAGAGACGAUGUUUUCAGUUCCCUCGCUGUUGCUCAGGGGAAUGAUGCUGGCGUUUCCCUCGACAUGUACAGAUUUUUCAGACAUUUCCAUUUGGUUGUUGUUCCUAAAAAAUGCCCGUGGUUUUAUUUUUCCAUAUCUUAAGCGUACUCAGACCAUUUCUGUCUUACUGGUGCAGAACUCGUCUUUUCUGUGUUGUUUUACCACAAAUGUCUUAAAUAUUUUUUUAGCUUCAAUUUUCUUAAUGUACCGUCCUGUUUUAUCCAACACUACAAUCAAAAGGCAGAAUCUUUGCACGACUAUUUAUUAAAAAAAAACCUGUUUAGCUUCUGAUUUCGCAGUAAAAAUUGUAUGAAUUCAAAUAUUUAGCAGCUCCUUUGCAAUCAAAUGAGUUUUUUAUUCAGACCUCUGGUAUGUUUGAAGGAUUUCUAGAGUAGCAGGAAGGAGUUGCUCUUAGCACAUAUGGACAUGUCCAAUAAAUAUUUAUUAGCACUGACCACUGGAGUAAUAAGGACAGUGACCCCUGGAAGUGUUUAGCAUGUUUAAGCACUACAUUUGUUGAAAGGACAAGUUUUUGUAAAGGUCCGGUACACCAAACAAAAAUACUAAAAAUCAGCUUAUUGGAUCUUUUCUCAGGACAUAUGAAAUAUUUUUAUGCAUCUAGACAAAAAAUGUCCUGUUAUGUAUAAAACAUCAGAGAAUGACUUUUAAGAGCGACCUGUGUGGGUUUAUUUGGUACUGUAGGUGGUACAGUUGCAUUAAAAAUAAGAGUACAGGAUUCAGUUUUUCAAAAUAAUGUUUUUGUAUUUUGCAUAGUUUGUUUUCAUUCCUUAGAAGAUCCUGAAGCAUUUGGUUGACAGAAGUAACACCAAAAAUAAAACACAACUGAUGACAAAAGGAAAUUAUUUCAAAAUAAAAGAUUUGAAUUUUUAAGAAGCUACCCCCUUGAUGAAAGGGCAUUUUAAAUUAUUUUUAAUUUACCUGUUGAAGGAGCUACUGAAGGCCCCCUUUUCAUUCACAAAAUCGUUUCAUGUCAAUAAUGAUUUGCAGAGAGGAGAACUCUGGGCCGGCAGUAUUUACUGUAGUUCAACACUGUUGCCACUUUGUAAAAGUGCUUUGUUCAUAUUACUGUUCUGACCAACAUGUUUAAAUAUUUCUCUGGUGAUUAAAACCUUAGGGACACCAACUCAACACUAGUUCUUAACUGCUACAUGUGCUUUUAAAACAAAAGUCAGAUUUUAUCUCAAAUUCCAGUUUUGAAAACUGCUUCCAUUAAUUUCAUUUACUUGAUAAACGUGUGCUUUAAUGAUUUGUUGGUACUGGAAAAACACCAGUGGAAAUGUGAAAUCAAGCCUUUUGUUUAUAUAUUAGUGCUUAUUAUUUACUUUAGUAUAUAUUCUAUUUAUUGCUCUGUGCUUUUUUGGGAUUCAUUUUUGCAUCGUUUGUUCUUUUUUCACAGCAACACUAAACCAUUGUGAAAAAAAUACUGUAUUUUUGCAUAAUUCUGACAGUGGAUGGUUUAUUGCAUCAUCCUCUGAAGAAAAGUUUUCAAAAACAAAGUGUAUUAUUGUCUCAGUGAAUUUGAAAAUAAAGCUCUUCAAUUUAACAA